UCUUUGGGCUGGAACUUUACUGUUUACUUCCGUGACGAAAAUUAAAUGGCGUCUCUUGACAGAGUGAAAGUGCUAGUUUUGGGAGAUUCAGGUGUUGGGAAGUCCUCACUCGUUCAUCUGCUGUGUCAGAACCAAGUGUUGGGAAAUCCAUCAUGGACUGUAGGCUGUUCGGUGGAUGUACGGGUCCACGACUACAAGGAGGGCACUCCAGAGGAGAAGACCUACUACAUUGAAUUAUGGGAUGUUGGAGGAUCUGUGGGCUGCGCCAGCAGUCUGAAAAACACCAGAGCAGUUUUCUACAACUCUGUCAAUGGUAUUGUAUUAGUUCACGACCUGACAAACAAGAAAUCCUCCCAGAAUCUGUAUCGCUGGUCACUAGAAGCCUUGAACAAAGACUCCUCCCCAACGGGGGUAAUCGUCUCAAAUGGUGAUUACGACAGAGAACAGUUUGCUGAUAGCUCCGUGCCUUUGCUCCUGAUCGGCACCAAGUUUGACCAGAUCCCAGAGAACAAGAGGAAUGAUGUUCUCACCAGGACAGCUUUCCUGUCUGAAGACUUCAAUGCAGAGGAGAUCAAUCUGGAUUGCACCAAUCAAAGGUACUUUGCUGCAGGCACGUCGAACGCUGUGAAGUUGAGCAGAUUCUUUGACAAGGUCGUAGAGAAGAGAUAUUUCACCAGAGACCCUAGUCAAAUGACAGGUUUCACAGAGAGGAAACGCUUCAACUUCAAAAGCCUUCACUACGACUGAGAUAGAGGUGGACACUGCUGGUGCCUGUGGUUUCAACCUGCUUCAGUGCAGUCCCUCACUCAACAAGUGAACUUCCCUUUGUCUCUCUCUCUCUCUCCCCCUCUUAGUCUCUAUCUUUUAUCUCUGUUAAAGGCCCAGUGCAGUCAAAAACGUGGUUUUCCUGUGUUUUAUAUAUAUUUUCACACUGAGGUUGGAAUAAUUCAGUGACAUUGUGAAAAUGAUGAUACUUUCCUUUUAGUGUAAGAGCUGUUUGAAAAUACUGACUGAAAUCUCAGCUUGUUGUGGUGGGAUGGAGUUUUGGCCUGCCUGGUGACAUAAAUUAGUUAAUAGACCAAUAAGAAAGUUCCAAACCUCUCU